AUGUUGACCGAGGAAGAGAAGCGACUUAUAGAUGAAGUAUAUUACAAUUUCAAGAACGGAGGUAGUUUUAUGAGUCCAACGAAAGUUCAUCAAGUGUUGAAAUCCCAAGGAUUCACUUCACCAGGUCUAUACAAGAUUAGAAGAUAUAUUCAGAGCUUGGACGAUUAUAGCUUACAAAAACCAGUCAAGCGUUCUUUCAAGAGAGCACGAGUGGAAGUUUCCGGUCCUUACGAGGAAUUUCAAGCCGAUCUCGCAGACGUGUCGAACCUUUCUAAACAGAAUGGUGGUACUCGGUUCCUUCUCGUCGUCAUAGAUGUAUUCAGUCGCUUCUUAUGGGUGGAACCUACAAAAACGAAAACGACAAAAGACGUGUUAGAUGCGUUUAGAAAGAUCGUCAGACACGCAAAAAAACCAAAACGUUUAUAUACCGACGCAGGUAAAGAAUUUACUGGAAAAUUGAUGAGAAGAUAUUGUGAAGACAAUGACAUUAAAUACUAUACUAGCCGCAAUGAACAGAAAGCUUCCGUGGUCGAGCGUGUCAUACGAACCGUUACGAUAAAACAGAAUCAAAACUUCAGGUUUAAGCUUGACAGCCUGGUGAGAAUCUCACACCUAAAACAACUCUUUAAACGAGCUUAUCAACAACAAUGGUCUUCAGAAAUAUUCAAAGUCAACAAGCGUUUCUUACGUCAAGGUAUACCACAGUACCAGUUAAUAGACUUUUUGAACGAGCCAAUCACGGGGAACUUUUAUCAAUCCGAACUACAGAGAGUGGACAAGGACGAAAACGCAUUAUGGUACAUCGAAGAAAAAGUGAAAAAGCGUAAGAGAGCCGGUCAAAUCGAAUGGCUCGUUAAAUUCGAAGGCUGGCCGUCUAAAUAUAACCAGUGGAUAGCAGAGAAAGACAUCAGAGAUGUAAGCAAAGCCUAA